AUGCAUCUGGCGGACGGAAGUUCCUUUUCCUCAAUGUUCCGCCUACAGAUCGGAGUCCUAUUAUCAUCAAAGAGGGGCCAGAAGCCUCAAAACACAUGCUACGUGGGUCGAGUCAGACUGACACUACGAUGGUUCUUUACGAUACCUUGGUCCUUUAUGCCGAAGAUCUGGAUGAUCCUCAGACAUAAGGAUUUCCGAAUGCCAUUUGUUUCAAUGAGAAUGGAACCUCCUGUAUUUGGUGGAGUCAUUAUCACCCCGGGCAGAACUACCAUAAACUACAGGCAGCGGAUAUGAUCCAGUACUUGCAUCCUCUCGGUACUUGGUAGACUGAUCGACGCGGAUCGGGAUGGAUAGAGGUGGAUUAGAAGGAGGUAUCAAAAAGCAGAUCAUAGAAUAAAUAGCAUUGUGA